AGCAUUGCGUCAGGGGGGUGUGUUGCACUGGGGGCGGGUCUACCACGCUGUCAGUCAGUGACGCACACUGAGCACGUGCGCCGGUCAUGGUUGGGGAGAGGUUGUGUGGUGGUUAUCUGACCGAUGGCUGGGAGAGCUGCAAGAGCUGCAAGCGUUGCAGCCCUGCGAUGUUGUGUGUGCCUGCUGAGUGUGUCUGUCUGCUCUGCUGCAACCCGAGUCCUAUAGUGAAUAAUGCAGAGCAGAGCAGCUGAAUGAAUAAUGCAUUGUGCAAGUUUACUAGCACUGCUGUUAGCUUAACCAGAGCUGGAAGGAAGGAACCUGUGGCUGCCUCUGUCUGUCUCACUCUCUGACUAUCUGACUGACUGACUGGUACAAGGAGAACAUGUCCCACUACCAUUUUCUCAAAUGCUGUUGUUUUCAGCUAUGUAACGUGUUUCGUCAGAACAUGGAGAUCGACCAGUGUCUGCUGGAGUCUCUCCCGUUUGGCCAGCGCCAGCGUCUGGUCAGGAGGAUGCGCUGUGACCAAAUAAGGGAGUACUAUGAGCGGGAGAAGACCCUGCAGAAACUGGGAGGAGGAGUCAAGGUAAAAGCCCCGCCCACCAGCCAAAUGAAGAGACACAGCAUUCGCUUCAGCCUCGGUGACAUCAUACAGGACGCCAUCGUACGCCACGACGACAAAGAAGUGCUGCGUCUACUGAAGGAGAGAGCUGACCCCAACACACCUAUCUCCUCUGGAGGAUCUCUUCUACACCUGUGUGCUCGUCAUGACAAUGUGUUUGCGGCUGAGGUUCUGAUCGAGCGAGGGUUAAACGUCAACCUGCAGGAUGAGGACCUCUGGACAGCCCUGCACAUAGCGUGUGUGUGUGACCACGCCGACAUGGUGCUGCUACUACUGCUGACUGGGGUGAAUGUUCUACUUCAGGAUGUGAAUGGAAACAUUCCACUGGACUACACCACCGAGGGAACCGAGACCAGCUACAUCCUCCGAAAACACCUAGAGGAAAACGGUAUAGAUGUGUUGUCCAUGCACACCAUGCGUACCCAGAGGCCCAGCACCAUGUUGUCUGAUGUUCGACAGCUGGUCUCCAGCGGGGUCAGUCUCAACCAACGCAACAGCGACGGGGUUACUUUGCUCCACAUAGCGUGUGCUAGUGGCUACAGGGAUGUGGUGUCUGUGUUGCUGGAGCACGGGGCGGAUCCUCAGCCCUCCGACAACGGCUAUUGGACACCUCUCCACCUGGCUGCCAAAUAUGGACAGACAAGCAUCGUUAGCCAGCUGCUGAAGCACAGAGCAGACCCAACUCUCCUGAACUGCAACCAAGACAAGCCCUCAGGCAUAGCAGCAUCGGACCACAUCAUGGCUAUGCUGCUGAGAGCAGAGGAAUGCUGGGUAGAGAGACUGAAGGACCCCUCUGUCCCCCCGCCACCUUCAGAUGAGCGCUACGAUGGAGGCGCACACGACCACACCAUCCUCGUCAAGAACCUAACCCCCCUGUCCAUGUCCCUCGCUAAGAGGGACAGUCUGUUGGAGAGGUGUGCCAUGUUCAGUGAGGUGGGAGGGGGGCUGAGCCGACAACCCUCACUGGACAACGGUCUGGAGGGACCUACAGGACCCUACAGCAAACUAGAGCAGGUGAAGCUGAUGCCUCCAGCGCCUAAUGAUGACCUGGCGUCUCUCAGUGAACUCACAAACAGCAGCCUGCUCUACGAGAUGCAGAAACGCUUUGGCAAUGACCAGAUUUAUACCUACAUCGGGCACAUUCUCCUCCUGGUCAAUCCUAACAAAGAGCUCCCCAUUUACUCUUCACUGGUGAGUCAGUUGUAUCUGAGUUCUUCAGGGCGUCUGUGCUCCUCUCUGCCUCCUCACAUCUUCUCCUCAGCAGAGAGGGCCUACCACAUGAUGCUGCAGGAGCGACGCCCGCAAUGCUUCAUCCUCAGUGGGGAGAGUGGUUCUGGGAAGACAGAGGCUUGUAAACACAUAGUGAGACACCUGGCAGUGAGGUCCAGCCCCAAAGGCUUCUCUCUUGAGCCCAGGAUGAAUCAAGUGAACUGUAUCCUGGAGGCGUUUGGUCAUGCCAAGACUCCCAUGAAUGACAACUCCAGUCGCGUCAUCAAACUACUCAGCCUGCAGUACUGUGACAAGAGAAAGACACUACUCAGAGCGCGGAUAUACACAUACAUGUUGGAGAAGUCCCGGGUGGUCCACCUGCCUCGUCAGCAACACAACUUCAACAUCUUCUACCUGAUGGCUGAAGGCCUGUCGCCUGAAGAGAAGAGUGCCCUACACCUCAACAACGUCCUGUCUCACAGGUACCUGAGUGCAGGUGUUCCCGCAGAAGACUCCCCUCCUGUGGCCUCAGCUUCAACUCAGAGUAGAGACCGUCUCACUGCAAUCAAACAGGCCCUCAGAGCUCUGGGCUUCAACAAACUGGAGAUGGACAGUGUGUUUAUGCUGCUGUCAGUGGUGCUGCAAGUUGGGGACCUCAGCUUCAUUUCACUGACAGACGUUGAGACCGCCUACCCCUCCAACAUGCAGCUGCUUGAGCGAGUAUCUGGAAUGCUACAGGUGUGUUCUGAUGACCUUAGUUCUGCCCUCACCUCAGAUGUGCAAUACUUCAAAGGUGAUGUCAUCACACGGCGUCACACGGUGGAGAUGUCACAGCACUACAGAGACCAGCUGGCUAAAGCCCUGUACGGACGCCUCUUCAGCUACCUGGUCAACAACAGCAACUACUACCUACAGGGACAGGACGACAACAUGGGAGACCCUGCUCUUGAGAUUGGAAUCCUGGACAUCUUUGGAUUUGAGGAAUUCCAGAGGAAUGGAUUUGAGCAGCUGUGUGUGAACAUGACCAACGAGCGUGUGAGGCUGUAUGUCUCCGAGGUGCUGUUCCAGCAGGAGCAGGCCGAGUGUCUACAGGAGGCCGUCGCCAUGGAGACGCUCCGGUCACCUGGCAACCAGCCUGCCAUUCUAGACUUUUUCUUCCAGAAGCCUCAAGGUCUGCUGUCUGUGAUGGAUGAGGAGAGUCAGUCGCUGAGGCCUACAGAACAGACGCUCUACAAGAGACUACAGACACACCUCGACAACACACCCACACACGGCAUCUCCCUGACAACCAAGGACGGCAAUGGAAACCCCCCACCCAUAGACCAGGGUCCUGCCUUCACUGUGAAACACUACGCAGGCCAAAUGGCCUAUAACCUCACAGGAUCCCUGGUGAAGAACAAGGACUCCCUCCCCCAAAACCUGCUACUGGUUCUGAAGUCCAGUGAGAGUGUGUUGGUGCAGCAGUUGUUCCAGUCCAAGCUGACCCAGACUGGGUCUCUGGUACCGGGCCAGGCCAGGAUGGCUCUGAGAGGGCCCAAAGCAGCACUUCUCCUAAACAGGAUGUCAUCCCCCUCCACCCUGACCCCCGCAGGCCGCGAGCCUCGGAGGUACCUGGACCUCACCAAGCUCUUGAAGAAGAAGGGAGCAACAUCUUUCCUGCAGAGGCUGGAGAGAUGUGGUCCAGUUACGGUUGCUGUGCAGCUGAGGAACUCUUUGUCAGAUGUGGUCAGUAAGCUACAGGCGUGUACCCCUCACUUUGUGGAGUGUGUGCGCCCCAACAGCAGGUGCACGGCGGACUGCUUUGACAGUUUCCACGUGUCUACCCAGCUGCAGUACGUAGGGGUGCUGGAGAUGGUCCGGAUGAUCCGCUAUGGCUACCCUGUACGCUUGCCCUUCAACGGCUUCCUCACUAGGUACAGAGACCUAGUGGACACUACUCUAGCUGGCAAAAAGAAGCUGUCCUCGGAGGAGAAAUGUUGCUUUGUUCUGCAGCAGUGCAAACUCCAAGGAUGGCAGAUGAGCAGUAGUAAGGUGUUUCUGAGGUACUGGCAGGCUGACCAGCUCAAUGACCGCUGCCACCAACUACACAGGAAGAUCAUCACCUGCCAGAAAGUGAUCCGUGGCUGGCUGGCCAGACAGCGUGUGCAUCGUAGACUGUCAUCUCAACAGACAGAGGACUGCAGUGUCCAGAGGUUCCUCCAGGGGGCAGAAGACCAGGGCCUGCACACCUACGACCACCUGGUCAUCCAGAACGCCACCGACAUCGCCCGCGAAAGCGACCACCAGCGCUGCCAUGGCAACGGGUCACACGGCAACAGCCCGCCCCUCGGGGACAGGCCCGAGCCAGUUGGGAAAGAGGAGGACACACCCAAGAGGGUUGUGGAGAAGAGCAGAAGAAACCAAGAUGGCUCGGUUAGUGGGGGGAGCCGGACUAUCCGCCACUUCCGCUCCAGCUCAGUACCCAUCCCCCUGGCUAUGGAGAACUUGGUACAUUACAGCCCUGGACCAUCCAUCAAAACAGCCCUGCAGCAGGUGGCCUAUAACAACGAGGAUGGGGGAGGAGGGGGAGGGCUGGCGUCGCCACGGAAACAGCCUCCCCCCAAACCCAAGCGGGACCCCAACACUCGUUUGAGUGCGUCGUACGAGGCGGUCAGUGCCGGACUGACGCUGGGACCCUCGAGAGAGAGUCCCACCCCCGAAGGCUGCGGGUCGCCUGCAGGGAGCCCCCCAAAAACACAGCUGUCACCUACGGAUGCUCUGUCCAAGCCGCGGCCCCACAGUGAUGACUACACGACCAUGAGGAAGGUGCCUCCUCCCAAGCCCAAGAGGAGCCCAAACACCAAGCUCACGGGCUCCUACGAAGAGAUCAACGCUGCCGGCAUUAACCUCCUCCAGCUGCGCCCUGCCGACGUCAAACUGGCCCUGCUGUCCCGCGCUGGGGGACUGGGGGGGGUGAUGCGGCACACAGCGUCUGUGGAUGGCCCACAGGGGGUGACACUGAGCCUGCGCCAUGACCAGGAUGAGGAGGAUGUGUACAUAGAGAUGGUGGGGGCUCAUGCCAGGAGUUACAGUCUGGGAGGCGGCCACCAGGACCCCCCCAACAGCCCCCAGCAGGGAGAGGCCGAGGCCGUCUACGAGGAGAUGAAGUACUUCCUGCCCGAGGAGGUGGGACUUCCGGUGGGAAGCACGGUUGCCAUGGCGACAGCCGCUGGGAAGUUGGAGGUGUUAGGGUUGAUGUUAGGGUUGGGCUUGUCUCCCUCUCAGAGUGGGGAGGGGAAGAGGGCAGGGCUGGGGGGUCUAGCCACCACUAUGGAGGCCCAAACAUCCGCCACCGGAGGGGCCAGCAAUAUCCCUGCACCCUUCCCCAACCUGCUCCCACACCGCCCCCCUCUCCUGGUGUUCCCCCCCUCCCCCGUCACCUGCUCCCCUGCGUCUGAUGAGUCGCCCCUCACCCCUUUGGAGGUGAAGAAGCUGCCUGUGUUUGAAACCAACCUGAACUACGCCGGCCCAGACAGCCCCCUCUCCCCCCAGUACUCCCGCCAGCGUGCUGACUCCUCCCCCUCUCUCUCCGUCCUCCUCCCAGACAAGCCCACUCCUCCUCUCACCCCUCCUCCUCCUCCCCCCAAUGCCCUGCCUCCUCCCUACCGCCCCCCCUCCCACUUUCCUUUCCCCCCAGAGUCCAUUAUCCUCUCCCUUACCCGGGCUGCUUCCGUCACGGGAGGUGGCAGCUCGGACUCUCCCAAACCCUCCUACUCCUCCUCCUCUUCCUCCUCCUCUCAUAGGGCUGGAGGAGAGAAGCCCCCUCCCUACUCUCCGGCCAAGUCCACCCGUCCAGAGCCACGCCGUUCCCACUCCUGCUCCUCCUCGCCCCUGCUGUUCAACCCAGCCAAUGGGAGACCGCUGACCAGCCCUCAGCCAGCCCUGGAUGAGCUCAACACCCUGUUUAGCUCUGGACGCAGCCUGCUCAAGAAGACCACUACAGGACGCAAGAUGAGGGAGGGAGGGUUCAACUCCAACAUCAACCUACCAGGUAGAGAGGAGCACCCAGGCUCCACCCCCACCUCCUCGUCUCCACAGCUACAGGACAAGAACGCCAACAACCACACACACCCCUCCCCAAGCCCCACUCCCAUUGAGAACGGCAACCGGCUGUCCAACGGGUCAAUGGAAGAUGAGGGUCACACAAAGUCAAACUCUUCCAGCUCAUCGUCUCUGCACAGGCAUAUGGACAGCCAUCACACUCAGAGGGGUCAUCUCAACUUCUCGCCCUUCGGUGCGGGGGCUGCACUCUAAGGCAGAGUGGGCGCGGGAGCACCCCUCAUAUUAGGGACGGGGUGAUCCAGCGUCUACGUGGAUGUGGGGGGGACGAGGCCGCCACCCUGGGGGAGUUGCUCCGCUGGCGCAGGGCGCUGUGUGAGGGGCGGGCCGACUGGAGGCACCAACGGGACGUCAACGGAACACCACAAACCCCACCCACCACACUGGUCAGGGCUAAUAGGAAGUCUUCUCCUUAGUGGGAGGAUGUCCAACCUGGGAUAUGCCCACUUUUCAUGUCUCACACUGCCUUUCUUGUCUGCCUCCUGCCACGCCCUCCUGCCCAUGUCUGCCACCCCAUUCGGCAAAGGACAGGUCUGAGAGAGAGGCAUUUCAUUGGCUAGGACUGCCCAACCCACAAGAGCAUUAACAGAUUAAGGAGGGAGAAAGGGAAUAGAGCAGCAAUCAGGAUCCAUUUUAUCUUCUCUCUCUCUCUCUCUCUCUCUCUCUCUCUCUCUCUCUCUCUCUCUCUCUCUCUCUCUCUCUCUAACAAGCUGGAUGUAGGCUAACAGAGGAGAGGACUGUACAUACAAUAGUUGCUAUGUGGAAUGAGGUUUGCCUAUGUGUUUUCUGUCUGUAGUAAAUAUGGUGCACGUUCUCUCUCUAUCAAAGCCUACCAUGCAGUUACUGCUUACGCAACAUCUCCCAGCCCAAACCCCAAACCCCAAAACAUGGUGCUGAUGUCACUCUGUGUGAUGUUAUAUGUGUCAGGUGUGUGAUGCGCACUAGGAUGAAGCUGCCCCGGCCUAGACGCUGAUCUAGGGUCUGUUUUUGUCUUUACCCUCUGAUGCUCAUGGGGAAGGUAAGUUGAUCCUAGAUCUGUGCCUAUGGGCACAACAGAACAUGUGUGUACCCUUCCCUCCAGACAUGUCUGAAGUUUACAAGCGAGCCAAGGCCUUUAAACAUCUCCUGUGUUAAACCUCACUGCUCUGGCUUACAGACCAGUUAUCAUCUCUAGGACCAGGAGGUUUUCCUGACCAUGUGAUCUGACCAGGGAAAACUCCUGUCUCUAGUCUUCUGGACUCCUUCAGGUAUCAGCUACCGCUUUAGCCUCACGCUACAAGGUGCUUUAGGUGCUUCUGUAACCCUGGCAACAAUAGCUCAGAGUUCAGGGGUCAGGGAAACCUCAGCGAUAUCCCAUGGUGCACUUGUUUCAUCCCCAGCUAGCCAACAGCCUUUCGCUUUAGCGUGAACAGAACAUCCACAACAGUAAAAAAAAUAAAAAACACUGGCAGAUAUUACCGACUAGGCAAGACAAUAGCAGAGCUGUAUUUUACAACGAUGGCCAUAGUAGCUAGUUCAUGUAGCUAGAUCACCUGUGAUCAGGUUGUAUCAAUGUCCUGUAAGGUUUUUACUGGGCUUAGUGCCAUACAACGGGACUCUAGGCCAGUCAACCUCAGCUAUGGCUGAUGUAUUUUACUGAUGUGUUUGUGUAGAGCACACAAACAGACUGAAUAAAGAACAGUGUAGAUGACCAACGCACAACUAUCUGUCGCAGUCCCUCAAUUAACUACUUAUCUAGACUUAUUCUACAAACAUCUCAGAGAAAUAAGCUCUAAACCACAAUGGUACUUUCUUCAUAUUAGCGUCCCAUUUGAUAUGUUCUAUCCUGUCUAAAUCAAUGUUAGUAGCCUGUACACUUUUCUGUACAUUUCAAGGAUGCAACUGGAGCACAACAGAGUUCUCAUGUAAAGCUACCCCAUCCUCCUCAAUCACUCUCUUUAUUUCCCUCCCAAACCCUGCAAUAUCCCAACACCCCCUCCAAGAUACUGUAGGGGUCAGAGGGCAUUGCCAGGGUAACCUCCCUGUAAAUAAUGGCCUAUGUUUAAUUGUCAAAUGUUUUAAUUUACUAUAUCAGAAUAGCACAGAAAUGGGAAGAUGGAAAGGGAUUUGGAGAAUUGUCUAUAUGGCAGAUGGAGAAUUAUAUGAUUGUCUUGGGUUUAAUGCAAUGACUGAGGCAAAGAGAAGAGGUUUAUUUUAUAAUGUGAACACCUUUUUUGCGGAAUGAUUGUCUACUACUAUGAAACUUCUUUAUACUGUAUUUAUUUUGUUUGUUUGUUUGUUUCCCUGCGACACCAUUGUAAGACAAUAUUACAGUGGCUAAAGACUGAGGUUUCCAUCAUUUGUCUGAUGGUUGUUUGGAUGAUAAAUUGCACAAUAUUGAUGUUUGGUGGGGUUUCCACAUCGUAAAGGAGUAGCUAGAAGUUGCCCCUAACCACUGAUAUAGGAUCAGAUAUUUUCACAUCCCCCUAAUGGUUACGGUUAUGAUUGGGGAGGGUAAUCUGACCAUGGUAAAUUGGAUGGGUGUGCCUCUGCAAGCCGUUGGUUCUUAGAAGAUUGGUUUGACUGUAAAAGCCAGGAAGUAUCAAUAGCUCUGAUUGAUUUCUCAUUUACACUGAUCACCCUUCAACAGUCUGAUUGAUCCUGUAUUAGGAAUUAGCAGCGCCAUCACUAGCGCGUCCUUGGUUGUUGAUUGAGCCGUGUGUGCGUGUGAGUGUGUGUAUGUGAUAAGAAACACUGCAUUUUCUACAGAAAUUGGGCGAAGAUCACAUCAAAUAUUGACUAGGAGUGAGCCACAUAACCAGACCUUCUGAACACCAAAGCUCUGCUAACGACAAUGGAAUACAGUCUUUCAAAGUGAUAGUGUUAAGAUACCAUGUGUAUAUGUGAUUGGACGAUGCUUUAGGAUUGGAACGGAGGUGAAACAACACGUCUGGAUAGAACAAUACAGUUGGUCAUAUUGUAGUUCUACAUCAUGUACAUAUGACUAUUGGACAGAGCUGCCACAGUGCACACAGUAUACACUACUUACAUUGAGACAGUACCAGUCAAUACCAGUAUCCUACACACAAAAUAAAUCACUUCAUAUAGGUAGGUGUACCACUCCUACUCCGAUGUGGUGAGGUCCACCACUAAACAGGGUUAAGGUUCGUCCUGUUUUGUAUUGUGUCUAUUUAUCCCAUACUACUAUGAAUGAUUUAGUGAAGCAGUGAAAACAUGGAUGAAGAGGUAUGCAUACUUUUUUAAGGCAUUUCAGACAGGAUGUUAGUUCUUUGUCUCUCUGCAUGAUCUGACCACUCAUCAUUUCCUCUUACCCACCGAUGCACGGCAGUUAACGCUUGAUAUUUGAAUAUCCUUUUACCCUUUACACUGUGAAUCACUGCACUGUCUCACACUGCCAUGUCACAUUGCCAUUUCACACUGCCAUGUCACACUGCCAUGUCACACUGCCAUUUCACACUGCCAUGUCACACUGCCAUGUCACACUGCCAUUUCACACUGCCAUGUCACACUGCCAUGUCACAAUGCCAUUUCACACUGCCAUGUCACACUGCCAUGUCACAAUGCCAUUUCACACUGCCAUUUCACACUGUCAUGUCUCCUAUGCGCUUGUCACCCUACCAUGUUUCCCCUUCCAAAGGAAACCUUCAAAUACAGUAAAAGCUACACACAUAUGUCCCCCAACCCCGAUCCCCAAUGUGUUUUCUGACUUCACAACUGAUCUAAAGAACAAGGUACUGCCAUUUUUCAUUCAUAGUCAGGUCUCCCUCUCUUUGUCAUAAGGUUCCUAGACCAGAUGUCUGGUGCUAAAGCCAGUGCAGAAGGGGCAUUUUACUGUUCUCAGUCCAUGUACAGUAUUCCAAUGAUACAUAUUUUAGCACAUAGGCAUAUCACAGCCUUGUUUUCAUAGUUGUUGUUUUCUUCCCCUUCUUUUUGACAGACAUACAGUAUAUUUUACCUGCAUACAUUGUGUUUGUGGAAAAUCCGAAUUAUAUAUGUGUUGUUUCAUGUUUUGUUUCCAAUGUUUUAUAAAUACCUGUACAGCAAUAAAGCACAAUUGUGCCCAUU